AGUUCACCAGAGUGGAGUAAACAUCACCAAAACCUUCCCGAGUGAUUUUCAGCUGAUUUCACUAUGAUAGCAGACUAUCAGCUUAUUCAGUAGACGCGCUCAGGCAUUAGAGAAGUGUGUCUGUGUUUUACUUAUUUAUAUAGAUAGUUCUGUAUUUUUCUUCUCCCGGGAUAAACGUCACCAUGACAUCGCGCGCGGACGCACCAGAACAGAGUCGGCGCUUCUGCGUUUUGUCGUGGGAGCAGGUGCAGCGUCUGGACUCCAUCCUCGGAGAAAUUGUGCCCAUCCACGGACGGGGCAAUUUCCCAACCCUGUCCAUUUCCCCACGCCAGGUCGUGCAGGUGGUAAGGGCCAGACUGGAGGAUCGAGGUGUGACAGUCCGUGAUGUGAAGCUUAACGGUUCAGCCGCAAGCUAUGUGCUUUACAAGGAUACAGGCUUAGGAUACAAGGACCUGGAUCUGAUAUUUGGCCUGAAUUUGAGUGUUGACAGGACGUUUGAUGUGGUAAAGGAAGUGGUACUGGCCAGCCUGCUGGACUUCCUGCCAGCUGGAGUGAACCACGAGCGCCUCAGCGCCCUUGCCCUCAAGGAGGCAUAUGUGCAGAAGUUGGUGAAAGUGCGCACUGACACAGACUGCUGGAGCCUCAUCUCUCUUUCCAAUAAUACAGGCAAGAACGUGGAGUUGAAGUUUGUUGACACACUACGGCGCCAGUUUGAAUUCAGCGUUGACUCGUUUCAGAUUGGUCUUGACUCGCUGCUGCUGUUUGACCGCUGCUCUGAGGCACCCAUGUCUGAGACCUUUCACCCAACUGUGCUUGGUGAGAGCAUGUACGGUGACUUUGAGGAAGCCCUGGAACACCUGCGCUCCAAGACUAUUGCUACACACAGUCCUGAGGAGAUCCGUGGUGGCGGUUUGCUGAAAUACUGCCACCUGCUGGUGCGUGGCUUCCGGCCUGCAUCGGAGGAGCACAUGAAAACACUACAGCGCUACAUGUGCUCGCGCUUCUUCAUUGACUUCCCAGAUGUGGGUGAACAGCACCGAAAACUUGAGGCAUACCUUCAGAACCACUUUGCUGGCAUGGAACACAAACGCUACGAGUGCCUGGUGACUUUACGGAAUGUUGUUGAUGAAAGCACCGUAUGCCUAAUGGGUCAUGAGCGGCGACAGACCCUGGCACUCAUCUCGGCACUGGCGCUGCGCACGCUCACCGAACAGAAUGCCAUCCCUGCACUCCCUAACGUUACUUGCUACUACCAACCGGCACCAUAUGUGCAUGAUGGGAACUUUAGCAAUUACUAUGUUGCUCAUGUGCACUCCCCUGCAAACACAUACCGGACUUGGCUACCCUGCAGCUGAGUCACAAGAAAAGGCAGUUGGUGAGAUGCUGAAAAAAGGCUUCAGAACACAUUCCAGUUCUGAACUCUUUUUAAGAGUGUAUGCCUUUCCAUAUACACAUUAUUCUUUGUCAAUGAGAGAAGAAAAAGGGAAAAUAUUUAAGAUUGUGUCUUUUCUUUUACCUAAUUUUGUGAGUACUGUCACUCAUCUCUACCAAAAUAACGAACACUGCUGUAACCAUAAAACUGGUUUGAGCCAUUCUCUGUUGUUUUUUCCCUCAUAUACAGUACGUUGAGAUUUUAUGAAAACACAUGCAAAGGAUUGAGGGAAGUGAGAGAAAAAAAAUCUAAAGCAGUUACCUACCUUACUUUUAUCAGAUGUAAUCCAUUUUGUGGAUAUAUUGUAUAUAAUAUAUAGUUUUUGUGUCUGUAUAUACAACAAAUGUUUAUUAAAAAAAAACUUCCAAUCAUUCUGAAGAAAAAAAAUUUAACAAGAUUUUACAAGAAUGUGCAGAAGGCUAAUGUUCAGGUCCGACUGUGGUUUUCAAACAUCCUUCUUAUUUGAAUUUGUAACAACCAAAGAUUUUAUUUUUAAGCUCCCUGUACUGAAAUGUUAUGCCUGUAAUUGAAAGUGCCUAAAACUGACUACAAAACACAAAAGUAUGUAACAGUUUCAUUCUUUGGAAUAUUGAAAAUUGUAUU